AUGUCCCGUUCAAACGACAAGGUGAUGCGCUUGAAUGUCGGGGGCACCUUUUACACGACGCUAAGAUCAACUCUGUCGUUGCAUCAAGGAACAGUUUUAUGGAGAAUAGCCACUGGGAACCAGUACUGCUACCGAGACGAUAGGGGAUUUUUCGUAAUUGACCGAGACGGCCAUGUAUUCAGACACGUGCUCAACUAUCUCCGGACGUCGAAGCUCCUUCUGCCCCAGGGCUUCCGUGAGCUGGAUCUCCUACGGGAAGACGCCGUGUACUACGGCAUGAACAACCUGGUCCGCGACAUCGACGCUCUGUUGGAGAAGAAGAAGAAGAAGAGACCUCCGCAAGGUGGGAACAGGAACGGGAGGAUGAGGAGGAUGAGUGCAAGUGUUGGGGAUAAUCUGCAUCAACUGGACGAGGAUGAGAUCGGGCUAGGCUAUUUCGAGGACAGCUGGAUCGACGGGAACACAUUCUAG